CAUAUCAUUUUCUUCAUCUUCUUCGAUUCUUCUUGGCUAAUAUUAUCAGUUCUAUAUCAUUUAAACAUGGCAAGCUCGGCGAAUGAUCGGAACUCGAGGACCGUUUGUGUAAUGGAUGCCUCCGGCCACCUCGGCUCCGCCCUUGUCCACUUGCUCUUACAUAGAGGAUACACCGUCAAUGCAGCACUUCAACCCCAUGGUCAUGAUGGUGAAUUCCAAUCAGUUGAGCAGCUUCUCCCUUGUAAUAAUGAAAAAUUAAGGAUAUUUGAUGCAGACCCUUUUGAUUAUCAUAGCAUCACGAAUGCAUUGAAAGGAUGUUGUGGCUUAUUUUAUUGCUUUGAGCCUCCUUCUGAUCAUUCUACCUAUGAUGAAUUCAUGGCGGAAAUUGAGGUGAGAGCUGCACACAAUGUGUUGGAAGCAUGUGCUCAAACAGAUACAAUGGAGAAAGUGGUGUUCACAUCCUCCGUGACCGCUGUCGUAUGGAACGAAGGUCGGUACACGGCGUCGUCCGACCUCGACGAAAAGAACUGGACCAACAUCGAUUUUUGCAAGAAGUUCAAGUUAUGGCAUGCACUAUCGAAAACUCUAGCCGAGAAGUCGGCUUGGGCACUGGCGAUGGACCGAGGCAUAAACAUGGUGACCAUUAAUGGAGGAUUGUUGAUGAAUCCCGACCUAAACAUCACCAACCCUUAUCUAAAAGGAGCAGCUGAGAUGUAUGAAGAUGGGGUAUUCGUUACAGUGGAUCUGAGGUUCAUUGCCGAUGCUCACAUUUGCGUGUUCGAAGACAUCUCGUCCUACGGCCGAUAUCUAUGCUUCAACCAUGUGAUCAACUGCAGCCAUGAUGCUGAUAAACUUGCUCAGAUGCUAUUACCUUCCUCUGAUUCUUCACCUCCUCAAAGUUGGGAGAAAACAAGAGUCUAUCAACAAAGAAUAAGCAAUAGGAAGUUGAACAAUUUGAUGGAAUUUGAGAAUGAACAAGUUUUGAGCAAUUGAGAUUAGGAUUGCUGUUAUGUUAUUAUUAUUAUUUUUAGAUGUUU